GGGAAUGCGAAUUUUAUCGUAAAGUUUCUUGUAAGAAACGAGAAGAAGAAUAAGAACAUUGUGAUGACUGCUGACCUCACGGCAGGGUUGCUUUUUCCAUUCGUUACUAGUCAAGGUUUCAUCGUGCAUAAUAUGUCUGGCACUCAUAUUAUGGACGUGAAACUUCCGAACAAAGCUGGCGAUACACUCGGCAAAAUUGUACAUCCUACACAAGUCACACUAUUCAAGGUUCUGAUCGCUAAUAAGGCAGCACAUGGUGGCAAUUAUCAGGUCUUCAAGGCGGGUACCGAUGACCCAAUCAUCAUGGUUGAAAAAGUACGUUUAUACGAUAUCCACUGCGCUGAUCACUUUACGCAUUUAACGCCGAAGUAUCGUUAUCGUUGUAUCCAGUUGCAAAAAUGGUUGGACUGUUGGAAUGUGAAUGCGUUUAUUGGUUUAGAAGGCCCGAUCGAACGAUUUUAG